AUGGGCGGCACCGCCGCGCUGCUGCACGCGCACCUCGGCCACCGCGCCGUCUCGUUUGGCGCGCGGGCCCGGCUCGUCGCGCACGCGCCGGGGCUCGCCCUGCAUGAGCACGACACCUUCCACCACAACGUGCCCAUGUUCCUCGAGCGCGAGGGCCUGCUGGUGCCGCUGCUGAAGCGCGAGCUCCUCGCGCUGCUCCAGGGGUAG